GCAGCAUAUGCUGACGCUGCAACAAAUUUAAUUCGAAAAUCUCUUGCCCCAUUCUUUGCCGUGGAGUAGUAGUAGUGGUAGUGUUGCUCCCCCACCCAGAUGCCAGCAGAGCAUCCUUGAGCUCGUUUUUGAAGCUCACAGGCCUUGAGGCCACCGUUCACACGUCAGCUUUCAGCAUCUCCGGACCUUCCUGGAACGGGAUGUAGGCCAAUCGAUGCCGUGAAAGGAACUCCCUCUUCAUCAAACGUCCAUCAAGUCCAGCAAGAGUGGCUCAAAUCGAUUAAGCUUGAAGCUCAGGUUUCCGCUCAGGUUGGUCAGCCAAACAGUCUUCUCCAUGAAGAAUCUGUUGCUUCAACAAGACAGCAGCAGUAGCAGUCCCUUCUCAAGUUUGCUAAUAAUUGCCAAAGGCUAUAUUCACACACAUGCACACACAGGCAGACACCUCGAUGGACAUUAAUCACACAUCACUGUCCAAGGAGCUGCUUCAACCAAAAAGGAGUUCAAUUUGAUUUUCCGCUUCCCGCGAUGCUGCUCUACCCGAAAAAGGAUGUUGUUGCCCCACAAACCCGGCCGGGGCGGUCCCGGGUAUCCGGCCGAGAUCUGUCAGUUGCUGUCACCCCGAUAGUGGCCACCCCGUUUUUGGGGGGAAGAUUAUUUGUUUCAAAAGUCGAUGCCAACUGCUCUUCCUCCUCUCGCUUAAACAAGUCCACCAACAAGUUUGAUUGCGCAAAACCCACAUCUGUUUUCUGCAAAAGUUUUGCUCGACAAAACCCCUUCAUCGGUACCACCACCUCGGAGAGGUUGGUUGGUGCGAGACCGUCUUGGAAAGUUUUGUCCCUUUUCUCUGACACCUCUUUGCUCUCCUCGGGGAGAUGAGCACACUAACGGGUGGUGGUGGUGGAAACUGGAAACUAUGCAGCGCAGAGCAUUUUGUGGACGCAACAGGAGACACACAGCUGCUGCUCGGACACCACCAUACCACCGUUCCGGAGACUCGGACCACUUGACUUGGCCAGCGAUUUCGAUGCGGUUUCGGUCACACAGCAGCAGCUGCAGGCGUAAGUUUUGCACCACGUGGCCACCAAGGUGCCAGGGAGGCUCCAGAGCCGACUUUGAUUAGAAAACGGGCCGCAAAAGGCUGAGGGUGCCGCCCGGUUGCCCGGAUUCACCGGGAAAAGUUUGUUCCAACCCGAAAUCCAACCCGAAAUCCACGGCCUGCUCCGUUGCGCUGCUGCUGCUGCAGAGGCACCAAACAAAAAAAAAAGAAGCGUCAGAAUUCUCAACCACCAACCCACUACUGUGUGGAGCGAGAAUGGGUAACUUUGGUAACCAUCUCUAAUCCGCCUCUCUCUCUCGCUUCAUUUACUGGCCACAAAACACAAUGGGCAAUGGAUGCCUGUUCGCGCGUCUUGGGAGAAACUUCGAGACUCGAGACUCGCAAACCAAGAACGCAAAUCACUGCGGAUCUUUCCCAAAAAUGGUGACCUACUUUUGAUUCGCCACUUCCCGCACACUGCUUGGCUGGUUGGCCAAUGGAAUUGGCUUGUAGCGGGUUUGAGCCGGAGAAGGGCAUCAUCUGACAUCAUCGUCUUCGUCGUCGUCGUCUUCGUCGUCGCCAUUAUUGUAGACAAACUUUUGCUCACCAAAAGAACGGGAUCCAGCUUUGCAUACUGAGCAGUAGCAGCAGGAGUAGUAGGAGCGUAGGUGGCCGCUUUUGGUCUUCUCUCCCUGAACGGACAAACACACACACACACACACACACAAUCACUGCAACAGUGCAUCCGUAGCCGUGGUCCAAUGUGUCCCGGUGCGAGAUAUGCGGUGCGAAUGCAACGAUACGAAUGCCGUGCCCGCGCAGUCGAGUUAUGCUUUUGUGUUGUUUUUGCAUCCAGUUCAUUAUCCUUCUGCUGUGCUGUGCACUCGUUAGUUUGCUAAUUUUCGUUCCAACUUUCAUAACAUUCGGAGUUAGUUAAAUCUAAUCAAAACAACACACGAGAACACAACAAACAAGAAAACAAGUUGCUAGCGGCAAACCGGGGGCAAAUUGCAAUGUAAAUAUGUAUCAGUACAGUGCAGCCAGGGGGGGUAGAAGCCUGUUGGCUGCCUACGAAUGAUCACGCGACCGACACACACACACACACCUUUGGCACACGAAAUGGCAUGCCAGGACAAGCCAUAGAAUUAGUCAAAAGUGGCCGGAAAAUCAGAAAACUGAGGGAAAAGAAGCAUAUUGACGGAGCGUUAUGCUGGUAGCUGUCGGAGAGGAUACUGAAAUGUUAGAAGUAAAUGAAUUUGUUGUACUCCCUAUAUUCCUUCUCGUUGCGCUCCUUGCUAAAUUUAUCCACUCAGAUCCUACUCUUCCUGCCUUCUGGUCCUCCGUUUUCCCGUUUCUAAUCUGUACAUUUGCUGCUAGCGCCUUAGAUGUGCAUCCUGAUCCUGAACGUCGUCCCCGAGCCCCAACAGUAGAUAAGUCAUUGUCGUCGAGCUGCAAAAGAUAUCGUUACUAGCGUUGUGAGUGACAUUCAUUUCUUUAUGGAAAGUUUAUUUUAUGAUAGCGAGAUAGUGAAAAACCCACACACACAAAUACACACGUACACACACGUACACACAUACAAAAUGACAAGGCAUAGCAUUUAUAAAAAGAGAAAGAGAAGAAAUUCCCUCUGGCAAAUGGUGUAAACCGUAGUGAAAUGUGUUUAGCACAAAACAACCAAUCGCUAUAGCGACGGCGAACGGAGUGUGGUGUGCGUGAGGGAUCGAUCGAUCCCUUUAGAUGAUCGUGUACGUCGUCAGUUUCGUGGAGUGUGGAACAGGAUAUAGGGACAACUCACUCAGCUCAAAGUUAGUCGAAAUUAUUGUAAAUGUUUAUGGCGCCGAUGAUGAUGAUGCACAGUAGAGGCGGGGUGGGUGAAUCGGAAGUCGAAAGUCGAUUCCCGUUUCCCGAGAGGCCGGGAGAGGUCAUGACCUCCGUGUCCCCGUGUGUAGGCUUAGGGUGGAUGGACGAUGGAUAGUACACGACAUAUUUCUUAUAAACCAGAUAAGCUCCUAAGUGUAUUUAGUGUGUGUAAAACGGUUUGGGUGAAAGGUAAGCUUAAACACAAUGACGCACCCAUUCAUUCAGCAUUCAUACCAAACGAAACACGGCCACGGCGAUGGAUUGUCAGAGUGACACUGACACGACUCACCAUUUCCUUUUUCCAGUCUUUUGAAAACACACUACUCUGCCAUAAUGUGCGGGCGAAAACCGGUAACUUUCACGACUUUUCACGACAACCACGCGAACCAUACCAAUGCAUCAUUUCAUACAGUAAAGCAGAAGCAGAAACGAAGAACGCAAAAAAAAGAAAGAAAGGAAAGCAGCAGCAGUGGGAGAACAAAUGACGAAUGCGAGAAAAUGUGCAUGGAAAAAAGGCAAAUGAAACAAAAAACACUCUUUAUAUGAUGACUUAUACUUUUUAUGAUAUCUAUAUUGAAAAAUAGCGCACGCAUGCGCACACGAUGGACGAACCGUCGUGAAUGUGAAGAGCGGUAGUGGGUACUUGAAUCCGAGAAACAACAGACAAAGAAAUAAUGAUCAAGAUGCACCUUUUUGUAAAUAUCUACACACAAAAACACACAUACACAAACACACAAACAACAACCUAAACGCAGAUCCAAAAAAAAGCCCUAGAAGGGAAGUGCUGCGGUCAGAUAAGGACCCAUACAGAAGCUAUCGAAAGAUUAACAGAAAAAAGAACAAAACUCACAAACUUUAGCAGACGAUAGGCUGCUUCACUUUGUGCGCUGCAAAACCAACGAUCAUUCUUCGACCUACUUGCACACAAACAAACAUUCACUCACAUCACACUUUCUCCGCACACCGUUCAUCAUCAGAUCGUACUCCUGGGCGAGGAGCGAAAUAGAUGCAAUCAUGAAAGCGAAGUUUAGGUUGGUAGAUGAAUUUAAUGUUUUCUUUCACCAAAAAAAAAGCAAAAUCUGAAACAGAAACUCACGGAAAUGGAAUGCUAGCAAACCAAGUUUUUGGCUGAA